UAAAUAAUUGAAUCUUUAAAUUUUACUAUAAUAAACAGUAAUCAAAAUAAUUAACCGUUCAUUUAUGCUAUUUUCAGCAGGCAUCGAAACAAAAUUGGACAAAAUCUCAUAUUUAUUCAAUAUACUUCCCUCGGAAUAAAAAGAUAUAUAAAGCUUCGCAACAUGUGUUUUCCUUACAUUUUAACGUAAUUAAAAUGAAUCAGUAAUAAAGUAGAACAGUUUAUGGAUAAUUCAAAACUAAACGAUCUUAGAAUAACUUCAGCAAAAAUAAUCAAACGUUUUUGUUUUAUUUUUAUAAUAGGCAACUAAAAAACCUUUGAUUAAGCCUCAAAUUUUUCAAUUAAACUUUGUAAGUAUGAUAAAUUGGAUAUUUUCUUGUGUAGAAAAUCUAAAAGAUAUGUUUCAGCCUUGGAAUAAGAAAAGAGAUAAGGGUGAAAAGAACAAAUCCUCAAAGCGUGGAAAGCACCGCAGUCGAGUGUUUACGUUCCAUUUUGUGCCGAGCACCAUCAAAUACAGCCAUAAUUUGGCCCCGGGCCAGUUCUUACCCGAUAGCACAACUAGCACAGUUACGACAGAAACUACGACAGUAGCUAUGACUAGUAAAAGGCCCACAAGAAGAUCACCGACCUAUUGCACUAUGACAUUGCCUCCUUAUUACAGGACAGAAGUGGACGAACUCACUCUCGCAAAGAAGAAGCCAGUCCAGGCGGCACCGAAAUCCGGCUGGAAGAUCAUCGCUGAUAUCUUCAACCCCAAAAGAGGAUAUCUGCAGGGGCAGAAACCAAAAACAACUGGCCAAGGGCUCAGCGCGUUUUUAGUAUAUUUUUAAUGUCUGCCAGCAUAUUUGCGGUAAAAACAUACCCCAAUCUUUGUAAAUUUUUAUUUAAAAAAAUAGGUUAACUUAUUUUCCUUGUCUGUAAUAAAUUGGAAUAUAAAUUACAGAGCCUAAUAAUGUUUUGUACUAUUAUAUAAAC